AUCUGAUACCAAAUGAAAUGUGGAGAAUUGUGAUCCAUUUGAAAGUCAAACAAUAGAAAACAUGUUACCAAAAGUUAAUGUGCAAUACAAAGUACGAAGAACAAAACAACAAAUGGCAGGAACCAUAUAAACAGCACCUAACAGCAUAUUCAUCUAAGCUAAUGCAGAAUCAUGAACACCCAAAAAAAUGUUAUAAAGAAUUAAUUUUGGAUAAUAGAAAUUUUACCUACAUGGAGGAUUUACCUUCUACAAAAGAUGAUCUUAGAUUAAAUACCUUGGGUAGUUUAAAAAAUGGAACUGGGGGAAAGACUAAAGUUUGUAGAAAAAUAGAAAAGAAAGAAAAACCAGUUCCUUCUACACUGCCAAGCAAAAAAGACACUUUGUCUAAGUUAGACGAUGUUGCCUCACUGAAACUUAAAAAACGGAGGAGAAGAGUGCACAGUUCUAAUUCCAAAAGUACUGUAACCACAAGAGAUACAAACUUCGUAGGAAGAAAGGAUGUAAAAAAACGAAAACAAAAAAGUAAUAAUAAUCGUCAUACAAAGUCUCGUCAGGCUGCUAACGAAGUAGUCGAAAUUUAUCAUAAUUCAGCGGCAAAGGAUGGUAAUAAUUCUGUCAGCCCUAAUAAACAUUCUGGAAUUGACUCUAACAUCAACUAUAUUAACAGAACAUCCUUAGGUACAAAUAAGCAACAUAAUGUACAUGCAAAAGUAAAAUGUGAUAACACUAAUCAUUAUCGGUAUAACUGUAACAUUAGUGAAGAUAAUGGACCAGACAAGCCUCUGAAGCAAUGUCAAUCUAAACAGUCUAAGCAGACUAUUGAGGAAAAGAGCACAAUCCUUCAUAAUCAAAAGUAUGCUUUGGAGGUUCAGAAUGCUCCUAUGUAUACAAUGGAGAAAUGCAAUUCACGUCAGUGUCAGCAGUCAAUAUUACAGCCAUCGUACUGCAACCCAAUGAUUACCCAUAGUUACGAAAUGCCAACACUGGCUUCAAAAUUGAAACGAGUAAAUCGUUCGUACUUUGGUAGAUUCAAUUUUAAAAACAUACCUUUUGUAGUGGGUACUUCUAUAACUCCAAGUCACAAUAUAGGUUUAAAUAUACAGCAAGUUUUAAGUAUAAUGAAAACAAGACAUCCCACAGUAAAUGGAGUUACUCCUCUUCUCAUUCGUAAAGUUAGCAGAGGCAUGAAACCUGUGUCUACUCUCAUGGGACAAAUAAGUAAUCACAACAAUAAGUUGCCUGGGGUGAAUUCUCAGAUGAUUAAUACAUUCCUGCACAAAGCAAAUUCAUUUCUAACAGAACCAUUCAACGUAUUUGAAAACGAAAGCGUCUCUUUAAGUUAUGAUAUUAAAGCUUUACGAAAUUUGAAUGUAAAUGUAAAUUCAAGAAAUGUAGAAGAAGCAGUUGCUGCCAACAAUACGGUUGAGCACGAGAAGUUUCAGACAGAAAAGAAUACAUGGUCAGAAAAUCAAUUGAAUCGAUGGAACAUACGGCAAAUAUCACAGACGGCAGAUAAUGAUAACGUACUGAAGUUAUUUUCAUCUCAACAAAACGUAAAUACACAAAUGAAGGUUCAGGAUAACCACCAACUACAGUCGCCAGUAACAGCAUACAAAGGUAAUGAAUACGGUACGAAUAUGUGUAAUAUUGAACCAAUUAACAAGAAUUCAAACAGAAUACGGGAAGUUCUUAUUAAUCUUCACGAUCAAUUCGAAGAAAUGAACACAAAAUAUGAAAAAUUGCAAGUAGAACUAGAAAAUUCUGACGAUAAAAAAUUAAAAGAAGAGGCAUUGACUUUAGAAAAAGAGUUGAGUGCAAAAGAAGAUGAGAUAACUGCUGUUAUCAAUCUAUAUAAAGAGGUAAUGGCACUAAAACAGCAAAUGAAAUCGCUGCAGGGAAAGAAUAGUUACGUCUGCAUAACAACUGAAGUUCCAGUGGAUUCAAACGGCCCCGACUCAUCGAUGCCUUUUACAGUAGCUAAGUCUAAUGGAACGAUCAUUCAGCAAAAAUUCAGUGAAAAAGUUCAUCACAGAAGAAGAAACACAAUCAUCGCGACGAGAGAACCUACGUCUCUGCGAUUAGCUGGUCUUUUGCGGCAAAUCCAAACAUUUCAGAAACAAUUGAGAUUGUCUUCUUGACAUGAAUAUAUGCAAUUCUGGAGGUGAGUUCAAUUCAUUAUGUGAUCGACAUAGUUACCAUAUGGUAAUUAUUGAAAUUUUUGUUACACACAUUUAAACAGAGAAACACGAAUCUUGAAUGGAUUCAGGACGCUGCUCUGUUUUUUUUUAUAUUAAAAUAACUACAA